CUUUCCUCUCUCCCUUCGCAGAGAGCGCUUGCACAUCCCCCUUCCCUUUAGAACGCGCACAACUAACUUUGGGGACAACCGCUGGCCAGUAGAUAAUACAAGAUAGUCUACCCGUCGCACAGUGACAGAACUGAGACGCAAGGUUGAAGGAGGCCAUUUGAAAUCGGACUUUCAACAUCAUUCUCACUCUUGUUCGACUGCAGAGGACUGGGCACAAUUGUUAUCAACAAAUUACAUUUUCAACAUUUGUUCUUGGGGGACUUUAAUGCAAAAUGAACCAAAAGAAUCUGAUGCUGUUUCAAUGUGUGCUCCUGUUGUGCCUGGGCACCUGUCUAAGCCAAAGGGACUGUACAAGCGUGGAUUGUCCAGUGUUGGACAACUGCAUCGAGGAGGUUUUGGAGAACGGAGCUUGCUGUGCCACCUGUGUUAAAAUAGGAUGCUCAUGUGAAGGUUACCAGUACUAUGACUGCAUCCAUGCAGGAUUCCGGAAUGGUAAAGUUCCAGAGGGAGAAUCUUACUUUGUGGAUUUCGGAAGCACAGAAUGUUCUUGUCCACAGGGAGGCGGGAGGAUCGGGUGCCAUUUCAUCCCGUGUCCCGAGAUCCCUCCCAACUGCAUCGCUGUCGCGGAACCCGCGGAUGGGUGUCCGCAGUGUGAGCGCAUUGGCUGUAUCCAUAUUAACCAGAAAUACAAGGCAGGUCACUCCUUCCAGAUGGACCCUUGUCAGGUGUGUCACUGUCCUAAUGAUGGCGGGAGCCUGAUGUGUUCCCCUAUCCCUGACUGUGACCCUGGUAACGCUAAGAAGCCCAUGAUAGCAACAACCACACAGAACAACAACCCUCCGAGAGACCUCAGCAAACUGCAUGAUAACAAACAGACAAGCCCGCUAGACCCAUUCGCCACCGCUAACACCCUACCUCUUUACAAAGAGGAGCCAUCUGUCCUGGAUGAAGAUGAGGAUUAUGACUACACACUGCCUGACCCCACAUCUACCACUCCACAAGACCUGGUCCAGCCAACAGAAUCUACCAUGGUGUCACCAUCCUAUGCUGAGACAAGCUCUUCUCCUUAUGAGAUUUUAAAUGACCUGAGGCAGGAGCUGAGAGAGAGACUAGGAACAUACGAUCAGGAGCGAACAGAGGAGGCGGCCAUUACUGAGGAUCCACAUCACAUAGAUCAGACCCCCUCAAGAGCCCAGGGUGAGUCAACAACAUCAACAACUAAACAGGAAGUGAUCUCAGAGAGCCAAAGGCGUCAACAGGAGGUUGUUGACCGGGACAACAGGCAUCACAGAGACAGUGACAGAAUGAUGAAGAUUGACAGUUCGGAGGACGUCACACCAACUGUCCGUAGUGACAAGGGAGUGAGACACACUGGCCUCCACGAACAAAGAGACAGCCACAGCAGUCACCACCAUGACGGCAGUCAUUUAUCCCAAAGUCAUGGAAGGCACCUUGAGGAGCACCUUGAGGAGCAGCGUGAGGAGCAGCGUGAGGAGCAGCGUGAGGAGCACCUUGAGGAGCAGCGUGAAGAGCCCAGAACGCCCCAGAGUAAACCUGACCAGGAGUCUUCAUUCCCCACAGAGAAGUUCAGCCCGACCAGCAGAGCUCCUGUCACGAGGGAGGAGGGAGACCAGCUGGCCAGGAGACAGCCCCACACCCUCUUCAACUACCAGGGCCCAAACGAACAGCCUGGAAACACUGAGGUUUCUUCCAAGGAGUUGGUGGAGACCUGCUGUGAGACAGGGGAGAAGUGGGCCUCAGCCAAUGGCCACUGCAGCAACAUGGAGCUCCCCAGAGAGGACAGACACUCCAUCUGUCGGACGGCUCAGAGACAGUGCUGUCUGGGCUCUCUGAAGGAGAGUCGCUGUUUCUCUGGUAUGAAUGCAGCCAGAGAGGGAGUUGUGUGUGAGGUGGACAACAAUGACCAGUGUGGAGCUGACUCCUUCAAGGAGUGUUGUAGCUGCUGCUCUCUGGGGCUGAGGUUCCGUAGGGAGGGCCACCGCUGUGAGGCCCACCAGUACCUGGGCUACCCCUGCAGCCACGUCUUCCUCACCUGCUGUGAGGGAGAGGAGGAGGUGGCGAGAGUGGAGAGGGAGGGAGAUGGCUUGCACACCCUCCGAGAGAGGCCUGUGCUUGACCCGACCACAGUGCCAAAGAGAGUGUCAGACAGUCCGUUCCCUAAAGAGGCCUUCUCCAUCGGGGAGGAGGAGGAGCAGGAGAGGGAGAACACGGUGGAGGGCCCUCUUGAGAUGGAGGAUGUAGAUGAGUGCCAGGUUUACCAGGGAACAUUAUGCCACCACAGGUGUAUCAACACCCCAGGCUCCUUCAGGUGUGCCUGCUACCCUGGCUAUGUACUGCAGAAGGACGCGGUCAGCUGUGUGCCAGAGACUGUCGAUGAAGAGAACAAGUUGAGAGAGGAUGACAGGCCAGAGGUUGAGGCUACCUCCACCGCACCCUCCACCACUCCAACCUCUGUUAACCCCUGUGAGGGAAAUGGCAUCUGUAUGCAACAGUGCUCCCCAGUGGCUGGUAGACCUGGCUGCUCCUGUUUCCCUGGAUUCUCUCUGAUGGCUGACGGACAAUCAUGUGAAGAUAUCAAUGAGUGUUUGAUGUCCACUCGUACCUGUCAGAUGAACGAGAGAUGUGUGAACACGGCUGGUAGUUUUGUGUGUCAGAUCACCUGUUCUCUGGGUUACCAGAUCAACAACGACGUCUGUGAAGAUGUUGAUGAGUGUUUUCAGGGAACUCAUAACUGUGGGCCAGGCUUUGAGUGUGUGAACAGUGAGGGCUCGUUCAGGUGUAAUGCCAAACCUCGCUGCUCCAUGGGCUUCACACAGGACACACAUGGAAACUGCAUUGAUAUAGAUGAAUGUGGUGUAGUGGGCCAGCCCUGCAGUCCAGGCUUUAACUGUAUCAACACUGUGGGAUCCUACAGCUGCCAGAGGAAGAUCAUAAUGUGUAGCCGUGGUUACCAUGCCGGCCCAGAUGGAGCCAGAUGCAUAGAUGUGGAUGAGUGUCAGAGCGCUCUGCACCGCUGUGGGGAGGGACAGAUCUGCCACAACCUGCCCGGCUCCUACCGCUGUGACUGCCAGACGGGCUACCAGUACGACAUGUUCAGGAAGACUUGUGUGGAUGUGAAUGAGUGUUGGCGCUACCCUGGCCGCCUUUGUGCCCAGACCUGUGAGAACACCCCGGGAUCCUAUCAGUGUUCCUGCACCGCUGGGUUCAGCUUAUCCAGGGAUGGCAAGAACUGUGAAGAUGUGAAUGAGUGUCUAACCAACCCCUGCAGUCAGGAGUGUGCCAACAUCUAUGGCUCCUACCAGUGUUACUGCAGGCAGGGCUCCUACCUAAGGGAGGAUGGACACACCUGUGAAGACAUUGAUGAGUGUGCCCAGAGCAUUGGCCACCUGUGUUCCUUUAAGUGUGUCAACGUCCCAGGGAGCUACCAGUGUGCUUGUCCCGAGUACGGUUACACCAUGUCUCCCAACGGACGCUCCUGCAGAGACAUAGACGAGUGUACCAUCGGGGCCCAUAACUGUUCCUUGGCUGAGACCUGCUACAACAUCCAGGGAGGCUUUCGCUGUCUGUCCUUCAAUUGUCCACAGAACUACCGCAAAUCCUCUGACAUGCGCUGUGAACGACAGAGCUGCCCCAACUUGCUGGAUUGUCAGAACUCUCCUCUCAGGAUCACCUACUACCACCUGAGCUUCCAAACCAACAUCGUCAUCCCUGCCCAGAUAUUCCGCAUCGGCCCCUCCCCCGCCUACUCCGGGGACAACGUCAUCAUCAGCAUCACCCAGGGAAACUUGGAGAACUACUUUAGCACGCGGAAGCUGAAUGCCUACACGGGCGCGGUGUACAUGCACAGGCAGGUGCGUGAGCCACGGGACUUUCUGAUUGAUGUGGAGAUGAAGCUUUGGAGACAGGGCACCUUCACUACGUUCCUGGCCCGGAUCUAUGUCUUCAUCACGGCCAACUCACUCUAACAGACUGGCCCCCACCCUCACCCUACUUCCACCCUUGUCCCACCCCCUCAAUGGACAGCCCAUCCCCUUCUAUCCCCCUAGCCCUACCCCUCAAUAGACAGCCCAUCCCCUUCUAUCCCCCUUACUCUACCCUUCAAUGGACAGCACCUCCCCUUCUAUCCCCCUAGCUCUACCCCUCAAUGGACAGCACCUCCCCUUCUAUCCCCCUAGCUCUACCCCUCAAUGGACAGCCCAUUCCCUUCUAUCCCCCUUACCCUACCCCUCAAUGGACAGCCUAUCCCCCUAGCCCUAGCCCUCAAUGGAGAGCCCAUCCCCUUCUAUCCCCCUAGCUCUAUCCCUCAAUGGACAGCCCAUCCCCUUCUAUCCCCCUAGCCCUAUCCCUCAAUGGACAGCCCAUCCCCUUCUAUCCCCCUAGCCCUAUCCCUCAAUGGACAGCCCAUCCCCUUCUAUCCCCCUAGCCCUAUCCCUCAAUGGACAGCCCAUCCCCUUCUAUCCCCCUAGCCCUAUCCCUCAAUGGACAGCUAGUCUUCAGCACAGCCCUGCAUUUGUUUCCUACCAUACUGACCGUCUAGUAGACGAGAUGCCCAGUUUUAUACCACACUGAUGAUAUCAAAAAGUAGUUUUGCACAGUUAACAAAAAACGAUUCAACUUAAGAAGUUAAGUUACCUGGCUGCCUUACAAUCGGUCAACUAGUAGUUCGAAAUGAGUUGACAAAACAUAAAAUGAGUGACAUUAGUUUAUCAAGUUGAUUCAAGUUGAAAUCUUAGGUCAGUGGGCUAGACGUAACACUAGUUUUUCCAGUGUAGAGAAGGGCUCUCUAACCCCAGUUAACCCGAUUCAGCUUAUCAACCAGCUAAUUAUUACAAUCAGGUGUGCUAGCUUCAGGUUGGAACGAAAACUUACAGGAUGGUAGCUCUCCAGGAACAGGGUUGGAGAUCCCUGGUGUUAGCGUGUGGCUGUCUUUAACCCACUAAGACAGGUUGUGUCAGGGCCUCAAUCCAAAUUCUCUCUUUUCUAUCUCCCUUAAGCUGCUGUUCCUUUCUAUCCUCUUGAAGAAUGUUGUACCACUAUGCUAAUUUAAUAUCACAGUAUAUUAUGACAUGUAUUUGUACUUACUGUAUGUAUUAUUCAGACACAUUAGAUAUGACUGGAUGUAUCAUAUUUUGUUCCGCUAUUUUCAUAAGCUGCAAAUAAUUUUGAGUAAAAAUGAAAACUACACAAAC